UGACAAUUGACAUUACAGGUGUUCGAUGAUCCCUGUUACGUAAACAUUAAAUAGUAAAAAAACGGAUAAUUAAGGCCCCAAGUUUCUACAAAGUAAUCCAAAAUACUCCCGAAUUGAAUCGAACACCAUAAAUAAACAUUUGUUUCCCUAAUUAUUAGUAAAAGAUCCGCCUUGUUGGUUCACGCAUUCAGUUCCUAACUUCACUUUGUGCUACAACAUGGCUGCCACCGUAGGGCGAAUUUGUGGUGUAGGGCUAUUAAAGCCGAAUAAUUUAACCACCAUCGGUCAGAUUAGCUCGUAUUCGACUGCUAAAGAAUGGACUAGAGGUAAAAAGGCGCUUUUAGGAACGUUAGGAAUAGUAGCAGGCGGCGCGGGCGCCGUUCUAGUGGCCCUCGACCAAUCGGUCAAAGCGUCAGAUCUAGAAUUGCACCCGCCGAAGAACAUCUGGAGCCACAGCGGCAUAUUCAGCUCGUUGGACCACGCCAGCGUCCGGCGGGGCUUCGAGGUCUACAAGCAAGUGUGCGCCGCCUGCCAUUCGCUGCGCUUCGUCGCCUACCGCAACCUGGUGGGCGUCACGCACACGGAGGCCGAGGCGAAGGCCGAGGCCGAAGAGCAGAUGAUCGAGGACGGGCCGAACGACGAGGGCAACAUGUUCAAGCGGCCCGGCAAGUUGUCCGACUACUUCCCCAGCCCGUACCCCAACGAGGAGGCCGCCCGGGCCGCCAACAACGGCUCCUAUCCGCCCGAUUUGAGCUACAUCACCGCCGCCCGGCACGGAGCUGAGGAUUAUAUAUUCGCGCUGUUGACGGGGUACUGCGAUCCGCCGGCUGGAGUGGUGCUUCGAGAAGGCCAGUACUACAAUCCGUACUUCCCCGGCGGGGCGAUUUCGAUGGCGCAGGCGCUGUAUAACGAGACGAUCGAGUACAACGACGGUACGCCGGCGUCGGCCAGCCAAUUGGCCAAAGACGUAUCGACGUUUUUGAAGUGGACGGCGGAGCCCGAGCACGACGAUAGGAAAAAAAUGCUGAUUAAGGUUUUAGGUAUAUUCUCGUUCCUGUUGGGUAUCACUUGGUAUAUCAAGAAGGUGAAGUUCGCCUCGUUGAAGUCGCGCAAGAUCGAAUUCAGGCCGAAGAAAUGAUGGGUGUUAGAACGUGAUUAGAAGAAGUUUUUUUUUUAGCGUGACUACUACUAUUAUUACUGCAUACUUUAUUGUAAGUUUAACGGAUUUGUAAAUAAUGUUGUGUGUUUUUUUCCAUCUUUAAAUCGAGUAAAGGGUUGGCGUUCGCUUACCUGACGGUUAUAUUUAUUUUUAUUUAAAUAUGUCACGUUGUUUCAAUAAAACAUUCAAACGAUAAACGCUCCUUA